AGAAUCUAGAAUUGAGGAUUGAAUUCUCCAUCGGAGUUGCGUAAUUUUUUGUUAAACUAAUUAUCUGUAGAUCUAUUCCUGAAUGAAACUCGCUUGAAUUUAAAGAAAUGGAACUAUUUAAGUGUUUAAUAUUACUCGAACAUGGUUAAAUUGUGUUAUUAUUAGUAAUUUGCACAAUGUGUGCUGCUGUUAAUUCUUCACCAUCUUCUUCACCGUCAACACUGGCUCUUCGAGGACAACAAACAUUAAGUCCAAAUUCUAACAGAUCGAGAGACAAAUCUUAUGACUAUUUACUUAAAUUUCUCCUGGUGGGCGAUAGUGAUGUUGGCAAAGAAGAGCUUCUUUCUGGCAUGGAUGAUGGUGCCUCAGAAUCUCCUUAUGGUUAUGCAAGUAGUGGAAUUGAUUACAAAACUACAACUAUUUUAUUGGAUGGGAAGCGUGUGAAACUGCAACUAUGGGUAACCUCUGGUCAAGGAAGAUUCUGCACAAUAUUACGGUCUUAUUCAAGAGGAGCUCAGGGCAUCCUACUGGUGUAUGACAUCACUAACAAGUGGUCAUUUGAUGGGAUAGACAGGUGGAUCAAAGAGAUUGAUGAGCAUGCCCCUGGAGUGCCCAAGAUUCUAGUGGGUAACCGCCUCCAUCUGGCGUUUCGCCGUCAGAUUAGUGAGGCGUGUGCGGAGCAGUACGCUGAGAAGAACAACAUGGCAUUUUUUGAGGUCAGCCCACUGUGUGACUUCAAUGUGACCGAGUCUUUUGCAGAACUCUCUCGCCUGGCGCUCAAGAGAAAUGGCAUGAGUAGGGCGUUUGGCUUUAACAAAGUCCUCAGCCUCCAAGAGCUGGCCUGUAGGACCGUGGUCUCCUGCACCACCAUCUACGGCAUCGAGCAGCUGCCCCUCCCCAACAGCAUCAAGUCCCACCUCAAGUCCUACGCCCUGACCAACAAGACCAGGGCCAGGAUGUUGAGCUUCGUCCACAGAGACAGGCACAAGAAGGUCAAGUACCUCAACCCUUGUGAGUCUCCUCCCACCAACUGUCGCAAGAGCUGUAUCCUCAGCUAGACAGACUGGCACACUACACAAGCUCUUGUACAUAUGUCCUUGUACACAAGUUCCUGUACACAUGUUUGGUCAAACAUAGUGAGACAAGUUUGCUGUACAUCCUUUCUAUCAUUAGUCAUGUAAAUAUUGUCAUUUUUCUAAUUGAAAAGUUUAUAUUUGCUAAUUAAUUAAUUAAUUAAUUAAUGUUUGUGUCAGUUGUAUGAGGAUCUAACUGUUGAAUGAGUAAAUCUGUAUGAUAUGUCAGCUUGUGUGGUCAAGAUGUCAAGGCCAUGUGGUCAAGAUGUUGGUGUGUGGUGGUGAUGUUGGUGUGUGGUGAUGUUGGUGUGUGGUGGUGAUGUUGGUGUGUGGUGAAGAUGUUGGUGUGUGGUGAAGUUGUUGGUGUGUGGUGAUGUUGGUGUGUGGUGAAGAUGUUGGUGUGUGGUGAAGAUGUUGGUGUGUGGUGAAGAUGUUGGUGUGUGUGGUGAAGUUGUUGGUGUGAGAGAUUGGUAACUUUUUUCCCAAAUGAAUGUCAAAAUACUAUUUAAUACUUGUAUUUUUGUAUAAUAUCAGAUUUGAUCAUUUCUAUUUUUGUCACUAGCCGUUGUAACUUGGUUGUUAUGGCUACUGUUGUAACUUGGUUGUCAUGGAUACAAUAACCGCAUGCUUUAAACUUGAGAUUGUCUUGUGUCAUUAUUGAAAGCUGUUUCAUCAUAUAUUGGACAGGGCUGUUGAGUGAAAUAGUUUGCUGUGACCUUCUAGUAGAUUCCAUAUUUUUGAGUCCAUAGAAGCUAACAAAUACAGGAGAUGACUUGUACUUACUUUCAGAGUUGCCUUAUAAUUGUUUCCAUCACAGUCUCUCUCUAGCCUUUAAACUGCCUUACUCGACAUCUAGUGAGCCUCCAUUCUGCCAGAUGUCAACUCUGUCAUGUCAUCUCUGUCAUGUGAUUCACGUCAACAGCUCUAACCACCUCCAGCAUUAACCAUCUGCCAGCAACUGCAGUAUUGCCCCC